UCAACGGGCGAGGUUUUUUGAAAGCAUCAUCCUCUCUCUCUCCUCCCCCAUCGACUACCCCCGACACCCAACGGAAGCCGUAGAAGGAGAGAGAGGGGAAAAGCUUGCUAUUUUAUACCCUCAUCUAGGGUUCCGAGCCCACCGGCUCUCUCCCCCCUUGCUGGCUUCGCGCCAUCUCUCCCGCCACCGCCUCCCCCCCUCCCCCCCUCCGCCUCCGAUAGAUUCGCGCUCGCCCUCCUGACCCACGGAUUCGGUUCCCACGAAACCGCUCGAUCUGGGGGAUCUGCUAGAUUCGUUUGUGGUGGUGGUGGUGGUGGUGAGGAUGUGCUUGUGCCGUUAGAUGGGGGCCAUGGCGAUGGUGGAGCAGGAGGGGUGCGUCGAGAACCGGCAGCCCCUGGCGGCGUCGAGCUCGUCAGUUUCCGACGGAAGCAGCUAUGGCGGCGGCGGCGGCGGGCUCGCGCAGAUGUCGCCGCCGGUGUCUAGCUCGGCGAAUUCCAUCUCCGGUCUUAGGCGGACAAGCGGGCCAAUAAGGAGAGCAAAGGGUGGCUGGACACCAGAGGAGGACGAGACAUUGAGGAAGGCAGUUGAGGCUUAUAAGGGUAGAAACUGGAAGAAAAUAGCCGAAUGUUUUCCAUACAGAACAGAGGUACAAUGCUUGCAUCGAUGGCAAAAGGUUCUUAAUCCUGAACUUAUCAAAGGUCCUUGGACUCAAGAGGAAGAUGAUCAAAUUAUUGAUCUUGUAAAGAAGUAUGGACCAACAAAAUGGUCUGUCAUAGCUAAGGCAUUACCUGGCCGUAUAGGGAAGCAAUGUCGAGAGAGGUGGCACAAUCAUCUAAAUCCAGAAAUAAGGAAAGAUGCUUGGACUACUGAGGAGGAACAGGCACUCAUAAAUGCUCAUCGGAUUUAUGGGAAUAAAUGGGCAGAGAUAGCAAAAGUUCUUCCUGGAAGGACUGAUAAUUCUAUAAAGAAUCAUUGGAAUAGUUCUCUCAGAAAGAAGCAAGAUAUGUACAAUACCAGCAAUAAUAUGGUAGUUCCGAAACUGCUUGUUCAUGAUAAGUUCAAGGAUAAACCAAAGCUGAUGGCUAUGGAGGGUCAUCUUGAUUUGAACAAGGCACCCAUUAUCAAUUCAAAAGACCAACCUGGAACAGCUCAUCGGUCUAAUUGCUCAGGGUUUCUAUCUCGUUCCUCAUUACCAACUGCUCAGCCACUUACUUCCCGUGAGGCAUCUGUAGUUGAUGGUUCCGCUGUCACUUUAGUGGCGCAAGCUCUGGAAAGUGAUUCUGUCCGUGGUAAGGGCUUGGAAAUUGAUUCUGUUCAUGAGAAAGGUCUUGAGGUUAACUCGGCACCUGAUCAUACCGGGAACUCUUGGACCAUUCAACUAGAAGCUGCACCAUCCAAAGGUGAAGCAGAAUUAUCUUUGAAGAAUGAGGCACGCUCUCUUGGUCCACUUUGUUACCAGAUCCCUAACAUGGAAGAUGUAGUCCCUGUGAGUUCCUCACUCUUUUCUGACCAUCUUACUGGGAACCAUACAUCUGAACAUUGUGGGGAUGAUAUAUUGUCACCUGCUGGCUGCACUACUCCCCCUCCAACAAAGGGAAAAUUAACAAGCCAGCUUAGUGUUGAUUCAAUUUUGAAGAGUGCUGCUAACAGUUUUCCAGGUACUCCUUCAAUAUUAAAAAGAAGAAAACGGGAUAAAUCAACACCUGUUUCAGCUAGUGAGAUGAAGAUCAGUGGAUCAAAUACUGAUAGAUUUUACACUCCCAUGGGGAUGGAACCUGCUACAGCUACACCAGAGUCAUUCAAAACUACAUCUUUUUUGUCAUUGGGUUCUCUUGAUGGUUCUGUAAAGAGCUUUGAUGUUUCACCACAAUACCGGGCAAGGUCAAAAAGAAUGGCUCUCACGAAAACAGUUGAGAAACAGCUGGAUUUUUCAUCAGAUGGAUUAGAUACUUGUGGUUCUGAGAUUCUGAACUCUUCCUGCAAUAAUUCCCAAAGCACACUUUCUAUUACCGAAGCCCCAAAACUGAAAGAAAAGGAACAUGCUGUUCAAUUGGAAAAUUUAACCAAGAACUUUGCGCAUACAACCAAUUUGGAUGUAACCUAAUCUUGGAAAAUGCAGGAACUGACAUCAAUCUGAUGAAGUAGGACAGAUGAGCUGAAGUGUCUUUCUGAGCUGAUGAGCUUUUUCUCAAAGUAUCACGAUUAAACCACAACAAGAUCAAACAAAACCGGUGGAGAAGAAUUCCAGAAUUGAAGCUUUGUACUGAGUACAGAAGGUCCACCAAUCAUUCUCCCAUCUCUUCUAACCAAGGUGUACAAAAGAUGAGCGACACUCUGUAGAAGAAUACAUUGCUCGCUGCACUUUGUGAAUUUACAGUUAGAAAAUUCAGAUUGUAGAAGCCACAGGUGUGUACAAAACAACAACGAAAAAAAAUUAUAGUGUUAGAACGUCAUUAUAGCUGAAUAAGAGUAUUCCUCAUUGGAUUGUCAGAUUUAUUUUGUCUUGUGCUUUCCCUUUGUCGCGAAACAGCCAGGGUCUGCUCUGUGUAACAAUAAUAAAACCCGUUUUUGCAAAAUCAUUGCCAGAGAUAGUCAAGAAACCAUUUUGACAGCA